AAUGACACCUCGAGGCGCCGCUGAAUUACUAAGACACAUGUUUCGCACACGCAGCCCCGUGAUGUUUCGAGCGAAAUCCGGUCCGACGGAUUACACAUUCAGCUAGAAAUGAACAAUGACUUGCGCAAUGACUCCGGUACACUUUUUGUGGUGAUGGCCCUCCUCACGGCCCUCGCGUCUGCCACCCCGUCCCCAGAGCCGCAGCGUGACGACUCCCUCGAGAACGGGGCCAUUCUGAGGGACGACCACCUGCUGGACGACCGGCUGUUGGACGACCGGCUGGCAGACGACUACGACAGGUUCAACUUCGGGGUCGAGCCCACUAAUGGCAUCUUCCUGUCAGAGUCGGGAUUCGGUGAGCUGAAGAACGUCUUCCGCGGCGCCGGCUCCUUCUCGUCACCGCUCCCGACGGCACCCCGAUCUACGUGGAGUUCGUGGUGGACGAGAACGGGCGAGGCUUCCAGACCCACCAGAGCCUCCUGCCGCCCAAGUCCCCGUUCCCGAGGCCGAUCCCGAAGUUCGUCCUCGACCAGAUCACGAAGGCCGCUGAGGAGGGCGAAGCAUCACGAACCCACCAUCACCUCAAGGACCCCAACCUUCCCGUUGGGACUUCUUGAUAUAUCUCAUCUCAUCGUCAUUUCUGUUUGUCUUGUCAUUUCAUAUUUUUGUAUUGAUUUGUAAGUAACAUCACCUGGUAAUAUUCCUU